GCCCCCGGAGGGGACGGGCGCGGCGGGAGCGCGGCGGGACGGAGCGGCUGCCGCUGCCGGCGUUGCCUUGAUCCCGGCGGGAAGGAGGAGGAGAGGAGGAGGAGGAACAAGAAGAAGAAGAAGGAGAAAACGGGGGUCUUCCCGCUAAGCCGGGCAGGAUGGACAAGUACGACGAUCUGGGUCUGGAAGCCAGCAAGUUCAUCGAGGACCUCAACAUGUACGAGGCCUCCAAGGACGGUCUCUUUCGGGUGGACAAAGCUGCCGGCAACAACCCCGAGUUCGAGGAGACCAGGCGGGUGUUCGCCACCAAGAUGGCCAAGAUCCACCUCCAGCAGCAGCAGCAGCAGCAGCAGGAGGAGAUGCUGAUGGCCGCGAUGAACGGAGGGGCUGCCGCCUUCCACCCGCCCCGUCCCAGCCCGCCGGUGGCGCGGGGUUCGAAGCCGCCCGCCGCCGCCGAGGGGCCGCGAGCGAGGCCCUGCGAGGGAGCGGAGCGCGGCUUCGGAGAGAGCGGCGCACGUGCCGAGGCCCCGGGGAGCCAGGCCGGGCGCCGGGGCUGGGAAGCGGAGCCUGACAGGAUCCCCCGAGUGGGGGGCUCACAGCCCGGCAUGGGGCGCGGGGAGCAGCAGGCUGGGAGCCCCGGCGACCCCCAGCCCUGCCGCGGCGGGCAGGAGAACGGCGGCGAGGGCAGGCGAGGCGUAGGGGGCCGUGAGCCGAUGCCAGCCGGACAGAGAUCCUCCUCCUUCUCAAACGCCGGGACCCCCUCGGCACCCUCGGUGGGGCCAGAGGAGCCCCCGCCACAGCAGAGGUCCUCAUCCUUCUCGGCACCCUCAGCGCAGCCCACUCGGGGGUUUUCAGGCUCCGCUGAGCCCUGCGGUCCCAAAGGCGGAGGAGAUGGCAGCCAGCCGUGGUACCAGGGUGUCUCGCUGUCCUUCCCGCCAGGCUCCGCACCUGCUGCUCCCAGUGUGGAAUACCAGCACGCCGCUGCCUACCCCAGCCCAGGCGGUCACUUCGUGGCCCACGGUCAGAGCCACAGGCCUGCCAGCGGCAGCGGGAACCCUGAGCCGGGCUCCUCACGCCUGGCCUCCCGAGGGAUGGUGGCUCCCAAUGCCCAGCAGAUGCUUUUCCCGGAGGGCGUGAGUGGGCCACGGUCGGACUCUGGGCACCUGGAUGGCUCCAGCGCAGCAAAGGUGAAGCUGCCCUGCCAGACCCUCCUUCCGCAGCCUGAGCAAGGGCCGUCGGCGGCUGAGCUGAAGCUGGAGGCACUGACCCAGCGCCUGGAGCAGGAGAUGGAUGCUCGGCCAAAGGCCGAUUACUUCGGUACCUGUGUGAAGUGCAGCAAGGGCGUGUAUGGAGCAAACCAAGCUUGCCAAGCCAUGGGCAACCUCUACCAUGACAGCUGCUUCACCUGUGGAGCCUGCAGUCGAAAGCUGAGAGGAAAAGCCUUUUAUUUUGUCAAUGGAAAGGUGUUCUGUGAAGAAGACUUCCUGUAUUCUGGUUUCCAGCAAUCGGCUGACAGGUGUUUCAUUUGUGGUCAUUUGAUAAUGGACAUGAUCCUGCAGGCUCUAGGGAAAUCAUAUCAUCCGGGCUGCUUCCGAUGCGUCAUCUGCAACGAGUGUCUGGAUGGUGUGCCGUUCACUGUAGACUCUGAAAACAAAAUCUACUGUGUCAGGGAUUACCACAAAGUUUUAGCUCCAAAGUGUGCAGCGUGUGGACUUCCCAUUCUGCCAUCUGAGGGGUCUGAUGAGACCAUUCGGGUUGUGUCCAUGGACAAGGAUUACCAUGUGGAAUGUUAUCACUGUGAGGACUGUGGGAUGGAGCUGAAUGAUGAAGAUGGGCACCGCUGCUACCCACUGGAUGAACAUUUGCUUUGUCACUCCUGUCACCUGAAGCACAUAGAGAAUGGCACAACCCCAGCAGCUGCCUACCAGCACCACUACUAGUCAUCAUGGCCAGCUUUGGAAAGCUGGGACAGAAGAGUUGUUACAUGAUCCCCCUCUCCCCACCUUCAGCUGAUCUCCUGUGCAUGUUUUUUGCCAGUCAGCAAUGUUCCUGUCAAAGGAUAUGAGAGAUUUUUGCUGGAUUCACCAAGUUUGUAUGCUUUUGGGUUUCAGCUGCAUCAAACCAUGUCUACUUGACCAAGAAUGUGGCAUGUUACCUAAACUGAUCAGUUUACUUUUACAUGUCUUUUUCUGCUGCCUGGAGAUUCCUCUAGGCUCGUUUUGGAAGAUUCUUCAGUGAAAGCACAAUUUGCUCUCGUGCCUAUGAACUCAGAUUGUGCCAUGCACAAUUAAAAAGCCAGAGGCUGGCUUGCCUGCCUGCUGGGGACAUCCCAUCAGUCUACUGUUUCCUGAAAGCACAUUUCACCAGGUUCUCUGAAGGACACCAACCUAUUAGUACCAGCUUUUUAGAGACUCUGUUUUAUUAAUUCUUUAGGAAAACAAAAGAAAGGGGUCUGUGCAAAAUGGCACACUUUCAGUUAAUUCCCUGAACUCCAGUAUCAAGUCUGGCUGUAAGAGUACCAGCUCUCCAAGCACAAACCAGGCAAUGCUGUCUGGCAACUGGAGGCCAACAUCCCAUUUCAAACAGAACAAAAAACUGGAACAAGCUAGGGUAAGCUACUGCAAUGACUUGGGGCCCAGGCUUGUGUGUCAGCAUGACACAUAGAGGCCAGUCUGCUGUGUCAGAGUCUGAAUAGUGGAUCAUAUUUGGAAAGGAAAGGUCGGGAUGCUGAAAGUGUGGACAUGGGGGAAAUCCACCCUCAUUCCUGCUUGCAGAGCUCACUUUGGAAAAAAGCUGUCCAUACACAGACAGUUGCCUGAGUUUUCCAGUUUGACCUCACAGCUCAGCCCUCAGCCUGGCUAUUCCUUUCCAUAGUGUUUACCCAGCACAAAGCCAUUUCAUAGUGGUGCUUAUUCAGAGCUUGGGGAGUGAACUUGGGAUUGUUAUGAAGGCUUUGUCACGCAGGGAUUUAGAGCCCAGCUCCACAACCUGAACUCAGAUGAGUAUGUUGGCAUAAACAGAUUUGCUCCUAUGAAUAAUAACAGCUUAUCUGAGCAAGGGGUUAGAGAGUUUGGCCCUUACUUUCCGUUCUGCUGAGAAAGCAGGAAGGCAAAUUGUUUCUUUUCUUGACCCUCCCACUCCCCCGCUCCCUGCUUUAUAGUCAGAGCAAUCUGUUCCCCUGGGAUGUGUUACAUUUCUGAUAGGUGUGCCUGCAGUGCCUGUUCUGUACCUACCAAAGCUGUGCAGCCCCUCAUGUACUGGUACUUUUGUUUAACAAAAAGUUCUUAAUUUAAAGCCUCAGAUGCAGUUGGGGAUCUUAACUGCUCUUUCUUUGUGUGGAAAAUUAGUUAAAUCCUCAUGUAUCGUGCUGAAGAUGUAAAUUUGGUUCUGACUGGCAAAGGAUGGGAUGACAUUCUUAAAGAACUUUACAGUGUGGAAAUGACAAUAAAUUAGCUGAGCCGUGGCACUGGGACUCCCAGAAUGCUGUUCCCAUGCUGAAAACCCAUUACAAUUCAACCAAACCUCUUUUCCAAUAGCAGGGAUGUAGCUUGACCUCCACUUGAUGUAGUCAGACAGCAACGUGUGUCCAUCUGGAGCAGCACUGGUGUCAGGUAGCAGCAAGUUGUCUGUCUCUGCCUGUGCUAGUAAAUCAUCUUCCCGUGGCUGAAAUGUGAAACUGCCCCAGCCUCAGAGCUUGGUGGGCCUGGCCUGGAGUUUCAUGGUGCCAGCUGCCCAUCCAGCCCUCUGCCCCAUCCAGCUGCAAGUGCCUCUGCCUGUUUCCACUGCUCUCCAGGAUGGGGAUGGCAGCUUGGGGCUGGAGGCUGGUCCUGCCUGGGAGCCAUCCAGAGCUUUGGUGUAGCUUGGGACAUGAAUCCCUUCAGUGAGUGACUGAAAGCUCGAGGGAGGGCACUUUAGCACUGUGAAAUAUAUCCUUUGAGAGUUUUACCUGUGAUUUUAGAGGAGGUAAAAUUGACCCCAAGUAUGUGAGCCCUCCUAGAGCCUUAAAUUUAGCUUCGAAAUGCUGGUUAGGAAAGGGAUGGGAGCUGUAAGCAGUGCUGCAUCAAGCAGGAUGGAUUGAGGGCAACAACAGCCAGUCAGAUCCCAUAGUGCUCUCCCAUCAGCUUGUGUCCUGCAGCACAGCUAGGCUGAAGCAGAGAGGGGGUGUUCCAGGUGUGACUGUGAUCUCAGGACUGUCUGAAGGGACUGAGGUGGAAAAUAACACCAGCUCACAAUCCUUAGUAAAUAAUUCAAAUAGUCCUGGGCAGGUGGUUCUGUGCCCUGGGCUGCUUUUUGCAGUGAAGGCAACGAGAUACCAAAGUGUUUUUUGGACGUACGGAGCUGGAAAUACCAGCCUUGGUCAUCUGUUGCUGCCUCUGAAAGACCAGCUGCUAUGUAGUCCAUGCUUUUGCUACCUCUUGAUUUUUUAGAUCAAGCCCUUGCACACAUUUUUUGGCCUUCAUUUUUUAAAGAUCUGAAAACACUAGUGGGACUGGUAUUUUGUUUUUAAACUGCAGUUUAAACUUCUGUCUCAGCCUUGCAGCCUUCCCCAAAACCUCAACAUAAGCAGGAGAGAAGGGAAUGGGGAGAAGGAUAAUUUUCCUUCAUGGAAAGCCUCAAGGGCAGCAGUUUGUGCAAGAUGUCUUGCAGGAGCCCUCUUUGCAUCACCAGAGAGUUUGGCCUCUGCUCCCACACAGUGUCUUCUUACUCCUGCCAGCCAUCCUGUAUCCCUCAGCACUGAGGAAAUGAAGGCUGCCCUACUUCCAGUUUUAAGGUCCCCUAUAAAUUAUUUAAUGCUAACACUCUCCUUUCCUGUAUUUACAAAGAGCUGGAAGUGACAGUGUGAAGCUCUUGAAACCACAGUGUGAGCUUGUGGUUUUGAAGCUAAAGCAUCUACUGCACUGCCUGCACCCCUGUGUGUGCUAACUUGCACUGCUUCUAUCUCUGGGAGUUCGAAUUCCUUUAAGCUCAGUAUUAUUUCUCCCAGGCUGUGAGUGUCUGAGUCCCUGUUGAUUUUCCCCAGCUCUGCAGCUGCCUGACAGUGGGUCUGGCACAUGGGGAGGCAGGGGCAUCCGGCACAGGGGGGAACCUUCUCCUCCUCCCGACCCUCCACCAGGCAUCUGUGGAGCUGCAAGCCCUCCCUGCCUGCCUUCAGGCAGCUCCCCCAGAGGGAGAGAUAGCCCUGGAGCUGGAGGUGUGACUUUGUGUCCUCUUCGGAAGAAUUUCAAAAAACAUGUUAAAUUCCACUUAUCUCCUGGCUGAUACACAUUGGGUUUUGCUGUUCACAUGAAUCUUGUUGUCUUUUAAUUUAUUAAGAAGCUCUGAAAAGGUGCUAUGAAAAGUUAGUCUUGGUUCCUCCCCCAACAAGUUCUUCUGACUGGCUUUAAAGUAAGGGACCCUUGGAAGUCCCAUUGUGCUGUUAAUGAGUAACUCUCGUGCAAAUAGUUAUUCAAGUGAAUUCCCUGAAGCCUGCUUUCAGGAAUCAGAGCUUAAAAGAUUUUUUCAUUCAGAUCAUGCUGUUAAAUUUCUAUUGCUUAAAACACAGAAACUCAUUUAAAUAGGGAUUUUUGCAUUAGAGCCGGGGGAAAGCCCCAGCUACAGAAGCAGCAGACAUUUUUGUGUAAUUUAAAGUGUAAGAAGCACCUGUGAUCAAAGCAUUUUGGGAAGCUGCCCUGAUGUUAAAACACAGGGAAUAGCAGUUUCUAACACUCUGGUAAGGAGCGUUUGAAAAGAUCUGUGGCACUUCAGUUUCUGAAUUUCAUUUGGGGGCUUUUAAAACGUUUUCACAGUCUUUCAAGAUUUAAAUGCCUUUUUUUUUUUUUUUUUAGAUCUUUUUACUAUGAAGUGAAUAGCUGCUUAGUCUGUAAAUGAUGGAGUUUCAUCAGCAAUCAGGUGUGAUGUGGCAACCUUGAAAGGGGAAAACUGGGUUUCCAAGAGCUGCCGUGGGUCUGGCUGGCCAUUCCAAAGAAAGGAUUAUCUUUUUUUUGGAAAAAAAAAUCCUAUGUGGGCCUUGACCACUUGCUAUGUGCUCACUUUCGGGGUGGUGUAUGCAGCUGUGUCCAUGCAGAUGAUGUGUGGCAGGUGCUGCCCAUUCCACACCUGCCUUUCACACCUCUGUGCCCAUGCCAAGUGCUUGUAGGUGCCUUUUAAGCAAUUUUCUGUGCAUGAAUGUAACACCAAGUUGACCCAGGCCUCAUCACUGGGCAGUACCCCUGGAGUCAGUACCUGCAGGGAGGGAAGGGCCAUGAGCAGAUACACUUCCCUUUCCCCCAUCCUGUGAGUGCCCCUGGGAGAAGCUGGGAAGGGCUUUGCAUCUCUCAUCAUAGCACAGCAUUUGUGUGUUCAUUUUUCUUUUCCAUUUCUGUGUCCUGCUGCUCGCUGGCUGCAGUGGCCCUGGCUGUCCUCACUGAAGCUGACUGGGCAGACAUCUUCCUGUCACAAGCCCAGAGAGAGCUUGGAACUGCUCUCCCACCCUUUUCCUAAGAGAAGCAAAGCUUUCCUGAGCAAUAAAAAUCCUUACCCUGCUUUCUUCCAGGGCAGCCAGAAGUUGGUGUGGCAGUGCAUCUGCAACCCACUCAGACAUAACAGGAGAUGGGAAGAAACUGUCCCCACGUGCAAAUCCAUGGCAUAGAGUCCUGUAGAGGCAGGAAUGCCCUGCGGCCAUGGUGGAGGGAUGACAGGGCUGCAGUUGCCAGCCCAACCCUCCUCCCCACGCAGCAGGUCUGCGGAACAGGGCCAGGCAGGGACCCAGGCACACCCCCAGGCUCUGCCUUUCUGCAUCCAGAAAGCAGAUCCAGAGCCUACCUAAUGAUACUGAAUGGUACUAGUUAUUUUAUGUUUCCUUCAAAGCUCGGCUCCAGGAGAGAGUAUUUUAGGAUUUGUGCUGGUGUAACUAACCUUAGCCUCCUGUGAACACAGCCCUCUUUUCUUCUGUGCUGUUAAGUAUUUAUAAAGAAUGGAGACCGGUAGCCACUGGCCUGUUGUGAUUUCAGUGAUUAAAGACAGUAUCUUA